AUGGCGUUCUUGUUCAAAUCCAAGAAGAACCAGGACCGCGCAUUGUCGAGUCGCGAUGGUAACUCUGGCUCGCAGGGAUCCAUUCAGAGUGCCGGUUCUCGCCUGACCCGCGACGAGAAGAAUGCCAUUGCACAAAGAGCGACUCCCACGGGGAGCCUGAGUUCAGUCGACGAGAAUGGUGUUGGGAGCCCGGAACAAGUUCGCCGGGGAGGAAGUUUAGAGCAGGCACAGCCAUCAUCAGAUCUGCCCCUUCGCAAUGGACCACCAGUCUCUAAUCCCAAUGCCUCUCUCUACCCAUGGUCGCAAAGGCGGCUAACAUAUACCCAAAACCAUCCAACCCCUUUUCCCCGAUAUGGCGCUGCUGUAAAUGCCACCGCGUCGAAAGAAGGAGACAUAUACAUGAUGGGCGGCCUGAUCAAUAGCUCAACUGUGAAGGGUGACCUAUGGUUGAUCGAGGCCGGAGGGAACCUCGCUUGUUAUCCUCUAGCGACCACUGCCGAGGGCCCAGGCCCAAGGGUUGGUCACUCCAGUUUACUUGUCGGCAAUGCUUUCAUUGUUUAUGGUGGUGAUACCAAAAUUGAAGAGUCCGACACUCUGGAUGAGACUCUGUACUUGCUGAAUACCUCCACGAGGCAUUGGUCCCGUGCCUUGCCGGCUGGCCCGAGGCCGUCUGGGCGAUAUGGUCAUUCGCUUAAUAUUCUUGGCUCCAAGAUUUACAUCUUUGGAGGCCAGGUCGAAGGCUAUUUCAUGAAUGACCUCUCCGCCUUUGACCUCAAUCAAUUGCAGUCACCAGCCAACAGGUGGGAGAUCCUCCUCCCAGGCGAUACCUCUCCCAAGGCGCCGGCUGCCCGCACGAACCACUCAGUGGUCACAUUCAACGACAAAAUGUACCUAUUUGGUGGAACAAACGGCUUCCAGUGGUUUAAUGACGUGUGGUGCUACGACCCUGCCGUCAACAAAUGGGCUCAGCUAGACUGCAUUGGCUACAUUCCUGCGCCUCGGGAGGGACAUGCUGCCGCUCUCGUGGACGAUGUCAUGUAUGUCUUUGGUGGUCGCACCGAGGAAGGGACCGAUUUAGGCGAUCUCGCGGCCUUCAGAAUUUCUUCGCGACGGUGGUAUACCUUCCAAAACAUGGGGCCAUCACCAUCAGCUCGAUCAGGGCACAGCAUGACGAAUGUGGGAAAAUCGAUCGUGGUCCUAGGUGGUGAACCGAGCUCAGCGACGACGACUAUCAAUGAUCUGGGCAUCAUGUAUGUUCUGGAUACGACUAAGAUUCGGUAUCCCAACGAUAGUCAGCAGGGCACUCAGAGGGUGACUCAAGGAACGCGGAGGCCAAGUGGGAGUGAAGCACCGAACGCCGCCGCCGCUCGACAGCUGCCCGCUUCCUCGAAUGCCCAAGAUCCACGGAAGUCAGGCCAUCCGUCCGUCACGGCCGCUGCUGCAACACCGACUACUCUUGCCAGCAACCCUCCCAAUGGGUACCACUCACCAGCGGGAGGCCCAGAGCUACAGAAUCCGGUCGCUCCAUCCGCCGCCGCCUUCAGUUCCCCAUCCAAACUUCCGAGAGCUGGUGUUGCGCCAAGCCCCGCCGGCCCGCCUCCUCAGGGACCGACGCCGGCUAAACCUACCGUUGAGACUUCUGCCGUCGGGCGGGCCCGAGGAGCUUCCGCAGAUCGUGCCGGAUCAUCUGGCUCUCCACAGACAACCAUGGCGCCUCAGGUCGCAGGCAUCGCUGGCGAGGUUGAUACAGCAAUUGUCAACGGACGACGAACCCCAACGCAGGCGUCGGCCGUUGUACAACCAGCACGAACUGGGUCCAGACAGGAAUCAUCGGCCAGUGACACGGGCAAGGUCCAUCAGCGAGGCCACCGUCAGCUGCAAGGCUCGAUAGACAGCUCCGCUGAAUCUGGGGUUCGGGCUAUUCGACCCUCAUCACCGCCGCCACCUGCAAGACAGACGAGUAAUCCUCUGUCUCGACGUUCUUCCGGCAGAAACUCCCAGACUGUUGCUCUCCUCAAAGAAUUAGAUUCGUCUAGAAACAGAAAUGCUUGGUACGCUUCUGAGCUAGAGUUGGCGCGAAAGUCUGGAUAUGUGUCAAGUACCGCCAUGGCCCCUCUCGAUGCCAAGGCCGCCGAAACCUUUGACGACGAUGACCGACCACUAAUCGAGGCUCUGCUGGCUAUGAGGACGGAACUGGCAAAUGUGCAGAGCGCAGUAGACAAGCAAGCUAUAGUGGCCGCCAAGCAGAUUGCCGAGGCAGAAAAACAACGCGACGCAGCCAUCCAGGAAGCCGUCUACGCCAAAGCAAAAUUGGCGGCGUAUUCUGGGGGAAGCUCGUCGAGUACGCCUCAACUGGAUGGCGACCGAGACGAGCCGGCAGACCGUUCUGGUGAGAUGGGCAAGAAGCUUGCAACGGCACUGCACCUCCACAGGGAUCUGAAGCAACAAGUGGAAAGUCUCAAGGCUGAAUUGUUGGCGGAGAAAAACGCUCGCCAGCUAGCUGACGAUACCACCUCCGCAGCCCAGAAGCGUAUGGCCGACCUCGAGAGCUAUAGGCAGCAAACAUCAACAGAGGUUGAGCGGCUCAAGGCGGAACUACAUAUCGCGCAGCGAGAGGCUCGAGCGCAGUCUGUCGCUUGUGCAGAAGCUGUAGCGAAUUUGGAGCUGAUCAAGGUAGAAAGAGGCGAGUUCGAAUCCAAAUACAACGAGGCCGUUGGCGCAUCGAGGGACCACAUCGUAACCUUCGAGUCGCUGAGAAGCGCCAUUGCUGCCUCACAAGACGCUAGAUCACACCUGGAGACGAAGCUUGAGGAGGAAAGACUGGCUCGUGAAACCGUCGAGGAAAAGCUCCACAAGUUGAAAAUGGACCACGAAGCUUGCACAACGGAACUGGUGGCAUCAACGCAACGAUUACGUGAUGCUGAAGAACUGGCCGAGAAGCAUGCAAAUGAAGCCCGAACCCAUCGGGAGGCACUGCUCUCUGGCAUCGGUAAGAUCACAACCAGAGACUUGGCAGACGGAGGCCAGGGGAACAGUGAACGCGUCGUCGCUUUGCAGAACCAACUUGCUACUGCCAACGAGCUGGUGAGGAAGUAUCAGCAAGAGGCCGACACCGCAGCCGACAAAUUACGUAGCGCCGAGGAGCGAAUCGCAGGGCUUGAACAGUAUCAGGAGCAGUCAAGCAGGGAGGGUGUGGCCAUAAGAAAACAACUCCAGUCGGCCUUGAGGGAGACACAGAGCCUGCAAGCUGGUCAUAGCGAUUUGAAGAACAAGCUUGCGGCCCAGCAACUCGAGACCAACGCAAUGACUGUGCAGCACAAUACUCUGAAGGACAUCCUGGCGGAACGGGGGAUUAGUCCGACUGGCGCUGUCCGCAGUCGUGGUCUGACAAGUACCCCGACUAACUCUUCGAGCGAGCAAAACCGCGUGCGAGACUUGGAGGCGCAGCUUGCCAACGCCACAGCGGCCCACGAAGAGAGCAGACAACAAUUUGCAUCGCAGCAACAGGAGUCGGAGAUUGCUUACCGCGAUAAAGUCCAACAACUCGAGAGCGACUACCAAUCGGCGGUUCAUUACGUCAAGGGAACGGAAAAAAUGCUGAAGCAGCUCAAAGACCAACUGACUCGUUACAAGAACGAUAAUGGACGCCUCAAGUCGCAAAUCGACGAGCUGCAAGGUCGACUGGAGGAAGCCGAGGUUGAUGGACAGCGAUCAGGGUCGCCGACGGCGGACUGGCAAGCAGAGCGAGACUCUCUGCAUGAUAGAAUUGAGGCCCUCGAGGCGGAACUGAAGUCUUCUGAAUCUAAGCUGGAGCAGAGACUUGAAGUGAUGAAGAAGGAGCUGGCCGACAGUAAGAAGCAACACGACGAAGCUAUCGGGGAUCUUGACGCGCACAAGAAGGAUCUAGAACAACUGCAAUCAGAGAACACACUUCUUCAACAGCGGACCAAUGACGCGGAGCAAAAGGUGGCUCUCCUACUUGACCAGGUCGAGCACUCGGUGGACAACUAUCGACGGCGCAGUCGGCAAAUUCCCAGCACGGCUGCUGUGGAAAACACGAAUGGCGAAGGCUCUCACGGUCAUAGUCGCAAUGAGAGCUCCGAAAACGGGAGCGCAUAUGAGGGUAACAAUCUAGAUGCUAGAAACAGCGCGGCACUCGACAACCUUGCCAGCGAGCUUGAAACUCUGCGGAGUCACUGGGAAGCUACUAACAAGAACUACCGGUUGAGCACCAAUUUCGACUUUGACACUCCCCCGGUCGGGAAGAAGGAGGAUGAGGGCUCGACAAAUGCCGAACUGAGUGAGAGUCUAGCCGACUGGAGGAAGAGACUCGACACCGAAGACCAGCACGCCGGCAGUGACAAGGCUUAG